UAGGCUGAUCUUGGCCAGAUGUCAGAUGCACACCCAGACACUCUUUCACUCUCUCACUCCCACUACCCUAUAGGAUAGGUGAGAAAAUAAGGUGAAAAACUCAUGGAUUUAAGAUAAAGCCAGAGAGAGCACUUAUGAGUUACUUUUACAAGCAAGACAAACUCAAGUUGGGGAAAAAUAAUUUAAUUUAUUGUAAACUAAAAUAGAUUUGGAUAAUGAGAAACAAAAAGAUUAAAACACCUUCCUCCCACUCAUUUUUCCUAGGCUCAACUUCACACCUUCAUUCCCAAUUUCAACACCCCCUCCACCCACCCCCCAAGAGAUGCAAGGAAGGUUGAGGAUGGGGGAUUAUGGUCAGCCCAUGACAACUCCUCUCUGCCACUCCUAACUCCUCACACUUUUCCACUGCUCCAUGGUGGGUCUUCUCCUCAGGCUGCUGGAGAAUCUGUGCUCUGCUGCUUGGAGCACCUCCCCCUCAUUCUCUCACCUUGGUCUUCACAGGGCUUUUAACCCCUCACUCCUCACACUGCCAUGAAUGAAUUUUAAAUUUUCUUAAGUGUGUUUUCCCAAGGGGACUACCAGCUUGGCUGAAGGACUCAGCUGUGUCCUGCAGUGCAUCCAUAGGAGCUGGCUUUGUCUGGCACCGGGCAAUCCCCGACCUCUUCCCACAGAGGACACAUCUGCAGCCCCAUGUUACCAUUGCCUUUGCACCUACACCCAACACAAUGAUCAACACUGUGACCCUUCAAAUACAGCUGUUGCCAGCAGAAUAUCCUUUGCAUCAAGGUGCUACAAAGGGGCAAGGGGCCAGGAGCAUUAGAGGUCCCUUGGGCCACCAGGGCAAGGCUUGUCAGCCAGGGCCUGUCCGUCUGCCCCACCAGGAGAAGGCACCUGGGGGGCACCAGGACAGCCCCAACCCUGACACCAGGCACGUUCCUGGGAAGGGGCCAGGGUAAGGCCUGUGUAUGGGACCAUGGGUUGGCCUGGUUGGGCAGAGCAUGGUUGUGGGGAGAUGGCCCUGGAUGGCCCUGCUGGAGCUUCGUUGGGGCAGGGGCUGAUGUAGGGUCCUGAGUGCAGGGGAUCCCAGUGGGUGAACAGGUUAGAAAUAUCUGAGAAGGUUCUGAAGUUUUCAGAGAAAGAUGGAGGACUGAAAAAGAAGAAAAGAAAAAAAGUUCACUUGUCAGUUCAGUUAUGCUCUUUUAACUGUUACGUUCCUUUUCAUGGUCCCGUGACUGCAUGACUUUAUGCUUAAAAGCAUAAAUGACCAUCCACUGUCCCCUUCCUGUUUAUAACACUUGUUUGAAACAUUCACCGUAACUGAGUUUGACGCUAACAGUCAUUUGCAAUCAAUAGGAAGAAGUGAUAAAAAGACCUUGAGAUGGAAAACGAAGAGGGUUACACAGAACUGAAUUUCAAAGCAAGGAAGAAAAACUCCAGUGCAGAAUUUUCCUCUGAAUCUUCAGCCUUGCGGUAUCUUGCUGCACUCUCGGGAUUUCUGAAUCUUAUAUUUCUGGGAGCCGUGAUUGCAUUAUUUCAGCAAUGUGACUUGCUAUCAAGUGAUGUGUGGAAGCCCAGAGAAAAUAUUUCUGAAAGUGGCAAUAUCUCAGGGGAAGAUCUCCAUGGAAACAACUUACUGACUGCAUUAAAGGAGAGUUUAUGCAUGAAUACAAAUGACUCCAGAUGUGAACUCUGCCCCAUUGGUUGGAAGCUGCAUUAUGGGAGAUGUUAUUACUACUCAGAAAAAAGUGACACCUGGGAGAAUAGUAGAAAGUAUUGCUUAGGAAGAAAAUCUGAGCUCCUGAUUAUAGAAAAUGAGACUGAAAUGGAUUUCUUAAAUGAACUGAAGGAUAAAGACAUUGGCUUUGUUUGGACUGGAUUAAGUUUCAAUGAAGAUGAAGGAAAAUGGGUAUGGCUCAAUGAUCCCAAACAUCUAGGGCACAGUUUUACAAUAAAAGGCAGGAAGAAAGAAGAAAAAUGUGCUGCCUAUAAGCUGACAGAAAUGCAUGCUGAUAACUGCCACUCCCUAUACAAGUGGAUUUGCAGGAAGAGUGCAGUGUUUCUGCGGGUCUAAGAUGUUUUGAAGUGAAAGAGAAAUCACAGAACGGCUGAUGUUGGAAGGGACC